AUGAAUUUGAGAAUGCAGCACUAUGGGGCAAAACUAGUCAGUUAUCAGUUUUACAAUUUAGCCUCUGGACCUAAAUUGGCUCUUGAUGGAUUGAUAUACACCUGGACCCACACCAAAAAAGAGACCAACCCGUGGUGGAGAGUGGAUCUACUGAAAGUAUACAGAGUGAUCAGAGUCACCAUCACUAACAGACCGAGCCAUGCCUUGAGGAUUAACGGGGCGGUGAUUCGUAUCGUAUUUGUUGACAGAAAUCUGGCAGUGGAUGGAGCCGCUACACAGUCAUCAACAUUUCCGGGCUGGUUUGCUGAAAAGGCCAUUGACAGUAAUCGAGGAUUCCAGCAGUUAAAUACGCGAUGCUCCUCAACCCUUACUGAGACUAACCCAUGGUGGAGGCUGGAUCUGCGUAAAGUGUACAGAAUUAGUGAAGUGGUCGUCACUAACAGAGAAUACGGCUGUACAGAACUAAUAAACAGAGCAGAGAUUCGCAUCGGGAACUCUUUAGAGAACAACGGCAACAAAAAUCCCAUAUGUGCUGUUAUUCCUGCUAUUCCAGCAGGUGAGUCCUACAGAUACUUAUGUAAUGGGAUAGAUGGACGUUACGUGAAUCUGAUCAUUCCUGGAGACAUGAAGACACUCGCUCUGUGUGAGGUGGAGGUUUAUGGAGAAGGUGUAACAAUGUCACACAUUUUUGUCAACAAAACAGUGAGGAGCACUAAUACGUUUUAA